AUGGGGAUUACUCUUCUUACCGAGACGUUUGUGACGCGAUAUUUCAACGUUGCAAGGAGAGAAGGAGAUUUUAAAUUUACGUGCCCUUUUCUCCUUCACAAGAGCAUAAAAGAAAAUCUUGGCAACACUAGCUCUGUAACCAAGAGCCGGGAUGGGAAAAUAUGUAUUGGUGUAAUAGGAAAACGCAAUGAUGAGAAGCUUACAAAAUUAAAGACCCUUGCUGGAUAUGAGGUUGAGGUCACCCCUCAUUAUAGGUUGAAUACCUCAAGAGGGGUAGUAAUGUGUCAUGAUCUUAUGAAUAGUAGCGUCACUGAUAUAAAAGAAGGCCUUGAGGACCAGGGGGUACUAGAGGUGAGGAGGAUGAAUACUCGCCGGAAUGGACAUGUUGUCCCAUCGGCGAGUCUGAUCCUCACCUUUGACAUGCCAAGGUGCCCCGAUGAAAUAAAAGCUGCUUUUUAUAAAUUAAGGGUCCGACCAUACAUCCCUAGCCCCCAGAGAUGUUACAGGUGCCAAAGAUUUGGGCAUAUCUCCCUGAGAUGUAAAUCUCCCCAUGAGGUCUGCGAGUGUGGUAUGGAGGGGCAUCCGAAAGAAUCCGGAUGUGCCAACCCCCACGUGCGUAAAUUGCAGCGGCAAUCAUACCUCGCGAUCACCCGAUAG